AUGCGGUGUGAGAAUUUUGCUGAGAUAAUCAAAUACAGGCCGCCGAGAUCCUCCGCCGCCCAGGCCGCCGAGAUCCUCCGCCGCGUCCGCAACCGCCCCCACCUCGCCCUCCGAUUUUUCCUUUGGACCCAGCGCCAUUUUCUCUGCCGCCACGACCUCCACUCCCUCGCCGCCGCCGCCCACGUCCUCGCCCGCGGCCGCCUCCGCCCCGCCGCCCUCUCCCUCCUCCAGUCCGCCAUCCGCUCCCAUGACCCCUCCUCCGCGGCCGCAGGCGGCGCCGACACCGGCCGGCCGCCGGAGAUCUUCGAAGCGCUAGCGAAAACUUACCGGGCCUUCGACUCCACCCCCUUCGUGUUCGACCUUUUGAUCCGAGCCUACCUCCAGGCCAAGAGGCUCGACCGGGCGGUCCAGAUCGUCCGGAUUCUCCGAUCCCGCGGGAUCCAACCGGAGAUCGGCACCUCCAACUCGCUGAUCCGAUCGGUAUCUCGGGCGCGGGCAUCGGAUGCGGGAUUUGAGAUCUACGAAGAAAUCUUCAAACCCAAGGAUGGCAAUGGAGUUGCGGUUACGAUCAGGGUUUCUCCCAAAGUUCAGACUUUCAACACCCUUCUUCUCGCGCUCUACCGAGAAGGGAAGUUGGAGAGAUCGGAAGAGAUCCGAAAAGAGAUGGAGAUGUUCAAAUGCGAGCCAAAUGUUUUCACUUAUAGCAUUCUAAUGGCGGGGUUCUGCGACGAGGGAAGGAUCGAAGAAGCGAGGAAAUUGUGGGAAGAAAUGGCGGCAAAAGGAAUCAAACCCGACAUCAUGGCCUUCAACACUUUGAUCAGUGGUUACUGUGAGGCGGGAGAGACGGAGAGAGCUGAAGAGCUCUUCCGAGACAUGGUUCUGAGAGAGAUCGAACCGUCCGGGAACACCUACGAGCCUCUGAUCAAGGGUCACUGCUACGCCGGCGAGGUUGAUUCGGCUCUCCUUUUGUACAAAGAUAUGAAGAGGCGGGGCUUCGGAAUAGGGGUCUCGGCUGUAGAUGAGUUGCUCGGCGUAAUGUGUGAGAAGGGGAGGGCGGUGGAAGGCCUGGGGAUUUUGAGGAACGAGAUGAGGAGGGAGGAGCUUCGUCCGAGCCGGAAGCGCUACGAAUCGUUGAUUAGAGGAUUCUGUGAAGAAGGGGACAUGGACGAGGUACUGAAGCUUCAGGCUGAGAUGGCCGGGAAAGUGUUCGAGGUUGAUUUGAAGGUUUAUACUGCCUUUAUCCAGGGGUAUGGGAAGCAAGGGGAUGUUGAAAAGGUAAUGAGAUUGAAGGAUGAGAUGUUUGAGAUGGGUUUACAUUUGAAAAAAGAUUAG